UCGGCCUGCUCGCGGGCAGGCGCCGAUUCAGCUGCGUGAACAUUUUCGGCUCGUCUUUUAUUUAUUUUUUUGCGCCGCUCCUGGGCCGGUAGGUGGUGAGUGGCUGUCUGUUAGUCUGUUUCAUGCUGGAAUUUCAGAUCUGGAAGAGAUCCAUUCAGAUAUAGGCAGACAGCCUUUUGUUGAGCCUACAAGGCCCCAUUGUGGGGCCCCCGAGCCCCAGCCCUGUCGGAUGGUGACAGCGUUGGGGGAGUUUCGUGCAGGGCCGGAAUCCAUCCGGGUUGGAACAUCCUUGUCCUGAGAGCCUUCUCUUUGGAACGUCAGCGCAGACCCUGAUGCGAAGGAGCUAGUGGCUGGUGUGUUAUAGGAAUCUGCUGGUCCUUUGUGGAGAGCGCAAUCUUAGAGGGAGAUCACCGCAAUCAGGAAAGGUCAAGAAGGGAGUGACCAUGAAGGGCGUGGACCCGACACUGGAGGAGAGAGUUCUGGCUUCUCAGGACUCUUCCCUUGAAGCAGGAAUCGAUGGGGAGGAGACGAUGGCUUCAGAGUUCCUAAAAGCCAAGUCCCAGAAAUUACUGACAUUCCAAGAUGUGGCCGUGGACUUCACCCGGGAGGAAUGGGGGCUGCUGGAGCCGGCGCAGAAGGACCUGUUCCGGGAUGUGAUGCUGGAGAGUUAUGAGAACUUUGUGUCCCUGGGGCUUCCAGAUUCCAAAGAAGAUGUGAUCUCCCAGUUGGAGAAGACAGAAGAACCGGGGCCUCCUGAAGGAGAAGUUGUCCCAGGAAACACUUACACAGAUUUUCUUCAUGAAUAUAAUGUAUUUGGAAGACUUCAUACUGAAGAGAAACCACUUGAAUUUAAUGAAUGUGGGAAAGCCUUCAACAGUAAAAAUGAUCUAGAUCAAGAUCAAAAAAUACAUACUGGAGGAACACCUUGUAGCUGUAAUGACUGUGGGAAAGUCUUCGGUCAGAAUCAACACCUAAAAAUACAUACAAUAUUUCUUACUGCCAAGAAUCCCUUUGAAUAUAAUGAAUAUGGGGAAACUUUCCUAACUGAACAUCAAAGAAUUCACACUGAAGAUAAACCAUAUAAGUGUAAUUUAUGUGUCAAAGUCUUCAGCAGUAAAUACUUCUUAGGGCAACAUGAGAAAAAUCAUACUGGAGAUGUACUCUAUAAAUGUAAUGAAUUUGGAAAAGGCUUUAGAAAGAAAGGAAGCCUAUAUGAACAGAAGAGAGCUCACUUUGGUGAGAGACCUUACUUAAUUAAUAAAUAUGGGAGAGCCUUCACACAGCAGGGAAGCCUAAAAAUCCAUGAGGUAGUUCAUAAUGGAAAAAAGUCCUUUGAGUGUAAUGAAUGUGGUAAAGGCUUCAAGCACCGAUCAGUUCUUUUAAGACAUCAGACAAGUCAUACUGGUGAAAAACCUUAUAUAUGUAACGAAUGUGGGAAAGCCUUCAGCCAAAAGGGAAACCUUAAAAUGCAUAAGAUAAUUCAUUCCAGAAAUAAGCCUUUUGAAUGUAUGGAAUGUGGAAAAGGUUUCCGGAAUAGCUUUUCCCUUUUACAACAUGAGAGAGUUCAUACAGGAGAGAAACCCUUUGACUGUAAUGAAUGUGGGAAAGCUUUUAGUCAAAAGGCAAACCUUAAUUCACAUAAGAGGAUUCAUACUGGAGAAAAGCCCUAUGUAUGCAAUGAGUGUGGGAAAGCGUUCAGCCAAAAGGCCAGCCUUAAUUCACAUAAGAGAAUUCAUACUGGAGUGAAACCAUAUUCAUGUAGUGAAUGUGGAAAGACCUUUAGUCAAAAGGGAAAUCUUAAAAUGCAUAUGAUAACUCAUACUCAGAAGAAGCCCUUUGAAUGUAUUGAAUGUGGAAACAGCUUCAGAAAUACUUUUCACCUUUUACAACAUGAGAGAAUUCAUAUUGGACAGAAACCCUUUGAAUGCAAUGAAUGUGGGAAAGGCUUCAGACAUAUUUCAGUGCUUUUGAGGCAUUAUAGAAGUCACACUGGAGAGAAACCUUACGAGUGUAAUGAAUGUGGAAAAGCCUUCAGCCAAAAGGGAAACCUUAAAAUGCAUAAGAUAAUUCAUACUAGAAAGAAGCCCUUUGAGUGUAUGGAAUGUGGGAAAGGCUUCAGGAAUAGUUUUUCCCUUUCACAACAUGAGAGAAUUCAUACUGGAGAGAAACCUUAUGUGUGUAACGAAUGUGGAAAGGCCUUCAGCCAAAAAACAAACCUUAAUUCACAUAAAAGGAUUCAUACAGGAGAAAAAGCGUAUUCGUGUGAUGAAUGUGGGAAAGCUUUUGGAAAUAGCUUUUAUCUUUUACAACAUGAGAGAAUCCAUACUGGAGAGAAACCCUUUGAAUGUAUUGAAUGUGGGAAAGGUUUCAGGUACAUCUCAAUCCUUUUGCGACAUCAGAGAACUCAUACUGGAGAGAAACCUUAUGAAUGUAAUGAAUGUGGGAAAGCUUUCAGCCAAAAGGGAAACCUUAAAAUGCAUAAGAUAAUUCAUUCUAAAAAGAAGCCCUUUGAAUGUACAGAAUGUGGGAAAGGCUUCAGGAAUAGCUUUUCCCUCUUACAGCAUGAGAGAAUCCAUACUGGAGAGAAACCCUAUGAAUGUAACGAAUGUGGAAAAACCUUCAGACAAAAGACAAACCUUAAUUCACAUAAAAGAAUUCAUACUGGAGAGAAACCCUAUGUAUGUAAUGAAUGUGGGAAAGCAUUCAGCCAAAAGGCCAGCCUUAAUUCACAUAAAAGAAUUCAUACUGGAGUGAAACCAUAUUCAUGUAAUGAAUGUGGAAAGGCCUUCAGCCAAAAGGCAAGCCUUAAUUCACAUAAGAGAAUGCAUGCUGGAGUAAAACCAUAUUCAUGUAGUGUUUGUGGCAAAGGCUUCAGUAAUAACUUUUAUCUUUUACAACAUGAGAGAAUUCAUAGUGGAGAGAAACCCUUUGAAUGUAACGUAUGUGGGAAAGGCUUCAGACACAUCUCAGUCCUUUUGAGACAUCAGAGAAGCCAUACUGGAGAGAAGCCCUAUGAAUGUAAUGAGUGUGGGAAAGCCUUCAGCCAAAAGGGAAAUCUUAAAAUGCAUAAGAUAAUACAUUCUAGAAAGAAGCCCUUUGAAUGUAUGGAAUGUGGGAAAGGCUUCAGGAAUAGCUUUUCUCUUUUACAACAUGAAAGAAUUCAUACUGGAGAAAAACCAUUUGAAUGUAAUGAAUGUGGGAAAGCUUUCAGCCAAAAGACAAACCUUAAUUCACAUAAGAGAGUUCAUACUGGAGAAAAACCCUAUAAAUGUAUCCAUUGUGGGAAAGCCUUCAGCCAAAAGGGAAGCCUUAAUAAGCAUCACAAAACUUGUAGGGGAGAGAAACACUUUGAAUAAAAUGAAGGGGCACUAGCCUAUAGUCAGAGCUUAAAUAAUUAUAAUUCAGUACUUAUAGACCCUUAAAAUAUAGUGAAAUUUGAGAAAACCUCACAUAGUUCAUUGGAAGCAUGGGAUUCAUAAUGGGUAUAAACCCUGUGAUUCAAAUGAAUGGGAAAACCUUCAGCUGGAAGGGAAAGUAAUAUACAUAUUUGAGAAAUCUUUUUCAUGUAAUGAGUGGGAUUUAAAAAAAAAAGUUAUAUAAACUUAAGAAACAUGAGACUUAAUGCUGGACAAAACAUGAAUGUACAGAAUAUGAAAAAGAUUUCAUGAGGAAAAAUAAACAUUGUACAUCAGAAAAUUUAUACUGAAGGCAAGGACAUAGUGUAAUGAAUAUGAGUAAACUUUCAAUAAGUAGAAAGUGAGGAUCACAAGAGACUUCAUACUGGAGAGAGAAAUUCUUUGGAUGAAAUGAAAGCCUUCAGGCCAAGUCAGACCUUUUUUUUUUUAAUAUAUCAUGACAUCAUUAUGGUGGGUAAUUUAAAAAAAAAAUUGGGAAAGCCUUCAUCUAGCAGAAAUAACUCACAGAGCAUAAGCUAAUUCAUACU